AUGAAAAGUAGAAUAUGGUCCGAGGCAAGGGUUUACACAAACGUAAACAAACAAAAAGAUAAAGAGUACUGGGAUUAUGAAAACACAUCAAUUGAAUGGUCGACUAACAAUAAAGACUAUGAAAUUGAAACUAAAGUUGGUCGUGGUAAGUACUCAGAAGUCUUUAGAGGUGUGCAGAUGAAAUCAGGGAGCCAAAUUGUUAUUAAAAUGCUAAAACCUGUCAAGAAGAAGAAGAUUAAGAGAGAAAUUAAAAUCCUAUUAAAUUUAUCAAAUGAAAAGAAUCCAGUAACAGCUCAACCAUUUAAGAUUGAAAAUUACUAUACAAAUAAAAAGGAUAGUAUUAUGCAAUUCAAGAGAAAUUUCUUGUAUGAUUUACCUCAUAAUGGUCAUGAUAAUAUUAUACAGUUGUUUGAUAUCAUUAAAGAUCCAAUCUCCAGAACGCCUGCAUUGAUUUUUGAAUAUGUCGAAAAUGUUGAUUUCCGUAUCUUAUAUCCAAAAUUGACUGACUUUGACAUGAGAUAUUAUAUGAUGGAACUUCUGAAAGCCCUAGACUAUUGCCAUUCUAUGGGUAUUAUGCAUAGAGAUGUUAAACCACAUAACGUUAUGAUUGAUCAUAAACAAAGAAAGUUGAGGUUAAUUGAUUGGGGUCUUGCUGAGUUUUAUCAUAUUAAUAUGGAAUAUAAUGUUAGAGUUGCAUCAAGAUUUUUCAAAGGUCCAGAAUUACUGGUGGAUUACAGAAUGUAUGAUUAUUCAUUAGACAUGUGGUCCUUUGGUACCAUGCUUGCAUCUAUGAUUUUCCAAAAAGAACCAUUCUUCCAUGGUACUAGUAACACUGAUCAAUUAGUAAAAAUUGUUCGUGUUUUGGGAAGUGACGAUUUCGAAAAGUAUUUGGAAAAAUACGAAAUUGAGCUACCAAAGGAGUUCCAUGAUAUGGACCAAUAUAUUAGAAGACCAUGGUACAGGUUUAUUAAUGAAUCCAAUAAGCAUUUAAGUGGAAAUGAAGCAAUUAUUGAUUUGAUUGAUAAUCUACUAAGAUAUGACCAUCAAGAAAGACUUACAGCUAGAGAAGCUAUGGGACAUGAUUGGUUCGCACCUGUUAGAUAA